AUGGCUGAAGAGGAGAGCAGGCCACUGCUGGACGGAGAGGAAGUCAGACCCUCCUCCCCCGGGCCCUCCGACACCACCAUUCGUCCAUCCCAGCCUCGGCGGUCAUUCGAGCUAUCCUCCGAAUCAACACCUUUGCUGCACCGUCACGACGACGAUCUCCCCAACUAUGGAACUGAAGGGCAAGCGUCAGGAUCCGAUUUUAUAGACGAGGAUGUCCCGAAGAAGCGCAGUCAAGUACGAUGGCCCACCGUGAUAUCGCUUACUGUGUUGACCACGGCGGUCUUGGCAAUCUUAAUCUUUGCCUUCGCCACGCCAGCGAUAGUCAAGGAAUACGCCCAGCAAGCUGCAGUCUUCAAGCCCACGGCGCUUUCAGUAGACUCCACCACUCCGGAUGGUGUUCGAGCCCGAGUUCAAGGCGAGUUCGUCAUGGACGCCAGUCGCGUGAAGAAGAAGUCGAUGCGCGAUAUUGGUCGCUUCGUGACCUGGAUUGCUCACGAGGCGGAGUCUGGGGAGUCCGACGUGAAAGUUUACAUUCCAGAGUAUGGCAACAUUUUGGUGGGCAACGCCCGCCUGCCUUCCAUCAAAGUGAAUAUACGCAAUGGGCAUAAGAGUCAUGUUGACUUCAUGGCCGAUUUGACCGCCGGGGAUGUCAAAGGUCUACAUAAUGUCGCUCGUGACUGGAUAGAUGGAAGGCUGGGAAGCUUAAGCGUACGGGGCAAAGCAACUGUGCAUCCGCGCUCAGGCAUCAUCGGCCUCGGAGCUCAGACCUUGACAGACACUGUCACGUUCAAUGACAGUGACCUUCCUCCUCUUCCCAAAGUGGAUGUCACAAAACUGGAUGUGCGGGACACCGCUAAUGGCGCCUUGGCGGUUGAUGUUUCAGCAUCAGCGAAUAUCAAGUCUCCGGUAGCUCUCAUGAUUCCCGCCCUCGAGUUCUCCAUCUUUGUGCCAAAUUGCUCGCCUGGCGAUCCAUAUAUUCUUGUUGCGGACUCAAGGACUAAUGCCAUCAAUGUCCGUCCGGGUGUCCCGACUGUAAUCAGCGCGCAAGGUCUAGUCAAGCAAUUGCCUGAUGAGUUGACCACCGCCUGUCCAAGCGGCGACGGGUCGCCGCUCGAUGUUUUGGUCUCAAACUACAUGCAAGGUCGCCCAUCCACUAUCUACGUCCGGGGUGCAGAUUCACCAUCAAGCGAUACCCCAACGUGGAUAGCUGACAUACUCCGAAGUGUUACUGUACCGUUACCUUUUGAAGGGGACCCAUUGGACGACAUGAUGAAGAACUUCACCAUGUCGGAAACCCGCUUCUCGCUCCCCAACCCGUUCGCCGAACCAGGCUCUCCAGACGCGCAGCCAACGGUCUCUUCGCUUGUCAAGGUACUUAUCGGUCUACCAGACCAUGUCAACAUAACAGUCGACAUUCCAAGCGUCCGAGCGCAUACAAACGUGUUCUAUCACGGCAAGCAAUUAGGCACCAUGAACCUCGACAAAUGGCAGGACGCCAAGUCAACGAGAGUGGAGCUCGAAGAUGGGUCCGCAGCCAUGCUGGUGGAGUUUUCCAUCAAAGAUGCGCCGUUACAAGUAAAAGACAAUGAUUUGCUGGCACAGAUUGUGCAGCAAAUGCUGUUUGGUAAGAAGGGAGUGAUACUGCAUGUCACUGCAACCGUAGAUGCAAAGGUUGCGACAGGAUUGGGCCAGUUUGCCAUCCAUGGGAUCCCUGGGGAAGGCGAUGUCCCCGUGAACAUUCCAGCGGGACGAUCGAUCGGACAUCUGAACCCGACUGUCGCAUCUAUGAAACUAGGCGACACGACCAAGACAUCGUUGGCCGUAAACGUUCUGGUCAAUGUGACAAACCCGACCAAUCACUCCGCCACUAUCCCCUUUUUCGACGUCAAGAUGUUGUAUAACAACACAGCUAUCGGCCGUCUGAUUGUCCAAAACACAUCGAUUGUGUCAGGCAAUAACACCAACAUCCCAGUGCAGAUGCUAUGGGCUCCAUUCGAUGAGAGCGGGUCUGUUGGCGUCAAAGCUGGACGCAAAUUUGUCUCCUCCUAUAUCUCAGGUGCCAAUAUGACGCUACAAAUACAGACUCACGAAGGAACAUUUCCCACGCUUCCGGGCCUAGGCAAGGCUCUCUCUACCAUUCCAUUUGACGUACCAGUACCCCAUAUGUCAAUUCCUCGUGCACCCGGUGAUGACGGUGAUAAAGAUGGAAAACCGCCAAAGUUUAUCCAAGACGCAACUCAUAAUGCUAAUUCCUUCAACGUUUCCUCGUACAAGCUACACUUUUUCUCUUCGACCGUUGAAUUCACAGUCUACUCGCCCAUGGCAGACACAAGCAUCACUGUGACCUCGAUGGACUCGACAGCUUUCUACGAAGAUGAGCCUCUCGGUCGCAUCGAGUACGACGAAGCAUUCGAUGUCCCCCCUGGCACCUCCCAAUCCCCUCGUCUUCCAGUCCAGAUUGACCUUGGGGGUGUGGGGUACGACGCUCUACGAAAGGCUCUCGGUCAGCAGCUCCUACUGGAUGCUGUGGCCGAGGUCGGGAUGCGGGUGAAGAACUAUGAAGAUGUGGUUCAUUACCAGGCGAAGGGGAUCGAAGCCAAGGUGAAGAUAUAA